CGUCUCUCCCCCGCGACUUUUCUCGUGUUUCCGCAGUCACCAAUAACAUUAGGUUAAAGCUGAAAAGGGUCUGAUUCGUUUGGUUUCAAGAUCUGAAGAGGAAAGUGAUGGGUACUCACAUCAAUUUCAACAGCUUAGGCGUAGUAGACUCUGCAGGAGGCAAUGGGAGUGACAAUAACCAGUCAAAGCCAUUGGGGAGGCAGUCUUCGUUAUAUUCGUUAACAUUUGAUGAGCUUCAGAGCACAUUAGGUGAGCCAGGGAAAGAUUUUGGGUCAAUGAAUAUGGAUGAGCUUCUCAAGAACAUAUGGACUGCUGAGGAAACUCAAGCCAUCAUGACAACUACACCCUCCAUUGCAGCCGUGCAACCAGGAGGGAAUCUUCUACAGAGGCAAGGCUCCUUGACUCUGCCUAGAACGUUUAGUCAGAAAACUGUUGAUGAGGUCUGGAAAAACUUGGUGUCCAAAGAUAGUUCUAAUGGGAGGGAUGCGCCUGAGAGGCAGGGGACUUUAGGGGAAAUGACUUUGGAGGAUUUCUUGCUCCGAGCUGGUGUUGUGAAAGAAGAUAAUAACUGUAGUCAACAGAAUCAAAACACUAGUAGUGAGUUUUAUGGUAACAACGGUGUUUCUGCUGGUUUGGGAUUUGGAUUUGGUCAGCCAAAUCAAAACAACAUAUCAUUCAACGGCAACAGUAGUUCUAUGAUCUUGAAUCAAGCACCAGCAACAAUGCAGCAGCAGCCACACCAACAUCAGCUUCAGCAAUCACAUCAGAGAUUGCCUCCAACUAUUUAUCCAAAGCAAGCGAAUGUGAACAAUAAUAGUGGUUUUGCUGCUAUGGGAAAAGCAGGGGUUACUAUUGUAUCUACUUCCCCCGGGACGAGUGCAGAAAACAAUGCUUGGUCAGCACCAGUUCCUUAUAUGUUUGGUCAGGGAAGGAGAAGCAAUACAGGAGUGGAAAAGGUUGUUGAGAGAAGACAAAAGAGAAUGAUCAAGAAUCGAGAGUCAGCUGCUAGAUCAAGGGCAAGAAAGCAGGCUUACACCUUGGAACUCGAAGCCGAGAUUGAGAACCUCAAGCAACGGAAUCAAGAUUUGCAGAGAAAACAGGUGUGUCUAAAGGAAUCCCCAAAGCAGCGUCCGUGGCUGGCCAAAACGCAAUGCUUGAGAAGAACCCUUACUGGUCCAUGGUAA